GGGCGGACACCCCGGCUGGUGGGAUCGUGGGUCCCGCGGGGCAGGUGGGACCGCGGCCGGCUCGCUCUCCCUUCGGGGCCGCAAGCCCCCUCGGCUGCGCUCGGCGCCGGGGCGCGGCCCGCAGAUGGGAGCCCGGGGCGCCCAAGAUGCGGGAGCCGGCCAGGGAGCUCUUCCGGGACGCCGCGUUCCCGGCCUCGGACUCCUCGCUCUUCUCCAGCUUCUCCACGCCGCUGGCCCAGUUCCGGGAGGAAAUCACGUGGAGGCGGCCCCAGGAAAUCUGUGCCACACCCCGGCUGUUUGCAGAUAACCCGCAGGAAGGACAGGUGAAGCAAGGGCUGCUGGGGGACUGCUGGUUCCUGUGCGCCUGCGCCGCCCUGCAGAAGAGCCAGCACCUGCGGGACCAGGUCUUCCCUCCGGGACAGCCGAGCUGGCUCGAGCGGACGUACCGUGGCUCCUUCACCUGUCGAGUUUGGCAGUUUGGACACUGGGUGGAGGUGACCAUAGAUGACCGUCUGCCUUGUCUUGCAGGGAGACUCUGCUUCUCCCGGUGCCAGAGAGAGGAUGUGUUCUGGCUUCCCUUACUGGAGAAGGUCUACGCCAAGGUCCAUGGCUCCUAUGAGCACCUGUGGGCAGGGCAGGUGGCGGAUGCCCUGGUGGACCUAACGGGUGGCCUGGCAGAAAGGUGGAACCUGAAGGACUUGGCGAGAACUAGUGGCCACCAGGACAGGCCCGUGGCCACGGAGUGCCGGACCUGCCGGCAGCUGCUCGGCCUGAAGGACCGCUGUCUGCUAAGCUGCUCGGUGCUCAGCCCCAGAACAGGUUCCGGGGCGCUGGGGUCAUUCCACGCUUUCAUUGUCUCUGAUCUGCGAGAGCUGCGGGGUCGGGCUGGCCAGAGCAUCCUGCUGCUGCGGAUCCAGAACCCUUGGGGUCGGCGGUGUUGGCAGGGGCCCUGGAGAGAGGGGGGCGAAGGGUGGAGCCAGGUGGACGCAGCCGACAGGUCCGAGUUGCUGUCCCAGCUCCAGGAAGGGGAGUUCUGGGUGGAGGAGGAGGAGUUCCUGCGGGAGUUUGACGAGGUCACCAUCGGCUACCCAGUCACAGAGGCCGGCCACCUGCAGAGCCUCUACUCAGGAAAGGCUCUGUGCCACACUCAGGCGCUGCCUGGGGCCUGGGUCAAGGGCCAGUCGGCAGGAGGCUGCCGGAACAACAGUGGCUUCCCCAGCAACCCCAAGUUCUGGCUGCGGGUCUCAGAGCCGAGCGAGGUGUACGUCGCCCUCCUGCAGAGACGCGGGGCGGAUGGGGUGGCCCGGGUCCGGGCACCGGUGGGGGGCCCCACGAGCUUCCCCGGCAAGGACUACCAGGCCGUGGGCCUGCACGUCUGGAAGGUGGAGAAGCGGCGGGUCAGCCUGCCCAGGGCCCUGUCGGCGCCCCCCGUGGCUGGCACCGUGUGCCAUGCGUACGACCGGGAGGUCCACCUCCGCUGUGAGCUCGCCCCGGGCUACUACCUGGCCGUCCCCAGCACCUUCCUGAAGGAUGUGCCGGGGCGGUUUCUGCUUCGGGUCUUCUCCAGCGGGAGAGUCUCCCUCAGUGCCAUCAAGCCGGCGGCCCAGAGCCCUGCCCACCGGGAGGCCCCGCCCGCGGGUGAGUGGGAGACUGUGCGGCUGCGGGGCUCCUGGAGAGUCGGCCGGACAGCGGGGGGCAGCCGCAACUUUGCCUCCUACCCCACCAACCCCUGCUUCCCGCUGUCGGUGCCUGAGGGCACAGGCCCCCGCUGUGUCCGCAUCACUCUGCGCCAGCACUGCCAGGACAGCAAGUGCCACCCCAUCGGCUUCCACGUCUUCCAGGUUCCUGCAGAUGGCGGGGGCCUGGGUGCGCCCUCCCUGCUGCUCCAGGAGCCUCUGCUAAGCUGUGUGCCGCACUGCUACACCCAGGAGGUGAGCCGGCUCUGCCACCUGUCUGCAGGGACCUACAGGAUUGUGCCCUCCACCUACCUGCCAGACACAGAGGGGGCUUUCACGGUGACCGUGGAGACCAGGAUAGACAGGCGCUCCAUUCACAGCCAGGAAAUGCUGGGGCAGCUUCUCCAGGAGGCCUCCUUCAUGGCAGUCAUGAAGAAGACCUAACGACAACCACGCGUGGUAGCUCUACUGACCAGUGACCUACAUGCCAGUGCUGCAGCGGCCGGGCCCGAGCAGGGUGGCAGCGUGAGCUUGGGGUCCUGGUGAAGAGCCCCGUCCUGGAGAGCCGCAGCCCGGGGUCCAGCAGGUGCUGCUGGAAGGGCAAGAAAAGCUCGGGGUGGGCCUGCGUGCCAAGACGCAGAAAUUCUCCACGCUGUCUCUCCUUGGCCCCGGAGAGGCCUCACAGCAGACGGAAGUACAUUGUGAUGGAUCUUGUUUAAAAUUAUUUAUUUGAAACAUUUUUAGGACACAACUUUAUAAAUAAACAUUAACACUGAGCAGCUUC